AUGGCUGAGCCUCCUCUCCACGGUGACACAUUCAUGCGCUGUGCGUCGCCGCGACAUCACACGUCUGUCUCCAUCAUGACGAGGAAUGACUUUAGUGUCAGUCACACCGCCCCUGAGGUGGCGCGAGAUGAGCCUACUGGAGUCGUAAACCAGAGCUACGUAAGGACACCUGAGGACCUCGACUCCUGCAUUAGCGACAAGGAUGAGAAGGGAAGCUACCCAACAAAACCCGAGAUCUAUCCUGUCAAAGCCCCCAACGAGGAGGAAGGAAAGGAGGAGGAUGGAGAAGAAAGACAGCAAUGGUCCUAUCCCAUCGAGUUCCUUCUCUCGUGUAUUUCAAUGUCCGUCGGGCUGGGCAACAUAUGGAGGUUCCCCAUCACAGCUUUUCAGAACGGCGGGGGAGCCUUCCUUAUCCCCUACCUCAUCGUGCUCAUCUUUAUUGGCAGGCCACUGUACUUCCUGGAGAUGUCCAUCGGCCAGUUUUCUUCCUUUACCUGCGUGAAGGUGUGGCGGAUGGUGCCGGCUGCCAAAGGAGUUGGCUACGGGCAGAUGAUCGGCUCUUGGUGUGUGGUGACCUACUACUGCUCCUUGAUGGCACUGACGGUGUUCUAUUUCAUCAUGUCCUUCAACAAGGUUCUCCCGUGGUCGGUUUGUGACGACGCCUGGGCUGAUAACAACUGCGUGGACGCCUCCAACACUAACGUCUCCUUAAUGAACAACUCACAGUCGUCAUCAGAGCAGUACUACUACAAGUAUGUAUUACGCAUGAAGGAUGACAUCAGCGAUGGCGUGGGCCUCCCUGACUGGCGGCUGACACUCUGCCUACUCUUCUCAUGGGUGGUGGUCUUCCUCACGAUGGCCAAGGGCGUCAAAUCAUCGGGCAAGGUAGCGUACUUCACGGCGCUGUUUCCCUACGUGGUGCUGGUGACGCUGCUCAUUCGCGGAGUGACACUGCCUGGAUCCACAAAGGGGAUGCUUUACUUUGUAAAAUUUGAAACAGAAAAACUCUGGGACCCGAACGUGUGGUACGCCGCUGUUACGCAGUCCUUCUUCAGUCUCAGUGUUGGGUUCGGCGCCAUCAUAAACUUCAGUUCAUACAACAAAUUCUCCCACAAUGUCUACAGGGACUCGUGGAUCAUCAGUCUGACGGACACCUUCACCUCCCUGCUGGCUGGCUUCACCAUCUUCGCCAUCCUCGGUAACCUCGCCUACCAGCUCGACACAGACAUCGAGGACGUGGUGCGCAGCGGCGGUGGACUGGCCUUUGUCUCCUAUCCAGAUGCCCUCGCCAAGUUCACCUGGGCCCCGCAAUUGUUUGCGGUGUUGUUCUUCCUGAUGCUGUUCACGCUGGGGAUCGGCUCGGCAGUGGGACUGGCGGGCUGUACCUUGGGUAUCAUCUCCGAUCGGUUCCCUUCCAUCAGCAAGUUCCUCCUCUCACUCGGAAUUUCUGUUGUUGGUUUCCUGUGCGGACUGGUCUACAUCACUCCUGGAGGUCAGUGGAUCGUCGACUUGGUGGAUUUCUUCGGCGGCGGAUUCAUCGUCUACGUGAUAGUGACUACUGAGAUCAUUGCAGUCAGCUACAUUUAUGGAUUCCAGCGCAUCUUCCGUGACCUACGCUUCAUGUUUGGCUUUGAUAUUGACGUGUUCACCAAGAUUUGUUGGGGCGUCAUCACGCCUGUGGCGCUGUUCGGCAUCUUCAUCUACAGCCUGGUGACAUUCAGGUUGCCCACCUACGACGGCCAAGUUUAUCCAGAAAUCGCUUACACCUGUGGAUGGAUCUUGACCGGCCUGGCCGUGGGCAUGAUUCCCAUCUGCUUCGCCCACACAUUAUACCAUACACCGGGAGACACUUGGUUUGAGAGGCUGCGAGGAGCGUUUAAGCCCAAACACAACUGGGGACCGAAGAGAGCUGAAGACAGGAAGGAAUGGAACAAGCUGGACGAACCGGUGCCCUUGCUAUCGUGCUAGUCACCAGUGUGUGUGUGUGUGUGUGUGUGUGUGUGUGUGUGUGUGUGUGUGUGUACAAUUGUGAUUAUUGUUAUAUUAUUUAUCCACUGUAAUGAAAUACAAGUUUACGACUUAA